CUAUCACCUUGGAGUUGGUAUGCUUGCUUAAGCUGUAGUACCUUUGUACCAGUCGUUUUGUGCGCUGCACAAGUUGUUAAUGCGCAGAACCGUAUGGUACAGCAGCCCUAGAAGGCCAGAACCGCCUUAAACUGUCUGUGUGUAAUCGCAGAGCUCUGCUCAUGGCUUCUCAACCAUUGAAGAAGAAACCAAAGAGGUCGAAUCGUCGAGUCAGAGAAGAAUCGGACCAACUCGAACGCAUCGACUCACUUCAGUGGAACCAAUCUCUCUCCAACAAUGACGACUCGUUCUCUCUCGUCGCCGGCUCCAACGAACUCGAAGGAGGAUUUUUAUCGCUUGAAGAGAUUGAUGAAGCAGAGUACGGUUUGGAAAUCCCUAAACCGGAAAAAGAAAUUGGGAAAGGAAGAGUGAAACCAGCUACGAAAUCAAAGAAGCGAAAACGAAGCGAUGGAGGUGGUGAGUCUAGUGGUGAGGCUGAAACUGGGAAUGAAGAAAAGGUUGAGGAAGAGGAUAAGAAAGUGAAAACAAAGAAGAAGAAAAAGAAGAGUAAGAAUAAGAAGGCAAAGAAGACCGGGGAAAACACAGAAUCAGCUCCUGUCAGCAAUACUAAGGAUGACGUUGAAGGAGAUUUAGUGGAUGAAGCAGAAUAUUAUGCUUGGAGUGAACUAAGGCUCCACCCGCUACUUAUGAAAUCAAUAUACAGGCUUGGGUUCAAAGAACCGACACCAAUACAGAAAGCUUGUAUUCCUGCUGCUGCUCAUCAAGGAAAGGAUGUUGUGGGUGCUGCAGAGACAGGAUCAGGAAAAACACUUGCAUUUGGUUUGCCCAUUUUGCAGCGCCUCCUUGAAGAACGAGAAAAAGCUGAGGAGCUCCUUGAAGAAAAGGAUGAGGCGGUUGAUAAAAAUUUUCCCAAAUGUUUUCUACGGGCUCUCAUUUUAACUCCUACAAGAGAGCUUGCAAUUCAGGUCACUGAUCAUCUCAAGGAAGUAGCUAAGGGUACCAAUGUAAAGGUGGUUCCUAUUGUUGGUGGGAUGUCAACUGAAAAACAGGAAAGAAUUCUGAAAGCAAGGCCUGAGAUUGUUGUUGGAACUCCAGGAAGACUAUGGGAACUUAUGUCUGGUGGAGAAAUCCAUCUUGUUGAGUUACAUUCAUUAUCUUUCUUCAUUCUGGAUGAGGCCGAUCGAAUGAUAGAAAAUGGUCAUUUUCAUGAGUUGCAGUCCAUUAUUGACAUGCUUCCAGUGACUAGUGGCUCAAUUGAAGGGAAUCCUCAGAACACUCAGAAUUGUAGGACAGUUUCAAGCUUACAAAGAAAGAAGAGGCAAACCUUUGUGUUUUCAGCAACUAUAGCGCUAUCUGAUGAUUUCCGUAAGAAGCUAAAGCGAGGAGCACUAAAAUUGAAGCAGUCUGAGAACGAUGGAUUCAAUUCUAUGGAAACUCUCUCUCAGCGAGCAGGAAUGAGAGCAAAUGCUGCUGUUAUCGAUCUGACAAAUGCGUCAAUUAUGGCAGAUAGACUUGAGGAAUCAUUCAUUGAAUGCAGGGACGAAGACAAAGAUGCCUAUUUGUAUUAUAUAUUGAGUGUUCAUGGACAAGGUCGCACAAUUGUUUUCUGUACAUCAAUUGCGGCUUUGCGCCAUAUUUCUUCUCUUUUGCGCAUUGUUGGCAUCAAUGUGUGGACUCUUCAUGCUCAGAUGCAGCAGCGAGCGCGAUUGAAGGCAAUUGACCGUUUUCGCGGGAAUGAACAUAGUAUACUUGUUGCCACUGAUGUUGCAGCAAGAGGACUAGAUAUUCCUGGUGUUCGAACUGUAGUUCACUAUCAACUUCCACAUUCGGCUGAGGUUUACGUUCAUAGAAGUGGAAGAACUGCUAGAGCCUCUGCUGAUGGGUGCAGUGUUGCUUUAAUCUGUCCAAACGAUAGAUCAAAAUUUGCCACUUUGUGCAAAUCAUUUUCAAAGGAAAGUUUUCGGCGGUUUCCUGUAGAGAUGUCAUACAUGCCAGAGGUUGCAAAACGAUUAUCUCUUGCACGUCAAAUUGACAAGAUUCUGCGGAAGGAAUCCCAGGAUAAGGCGAAGAAAAGCUGGUUGGAAAGAAAUGCUGAAUCAGUAGAAUUCGUAAUGGAGGAUAAUGACAGUGAGGAGGAAAGAGUAAACAACCAUAAGCAUAAUAAAGCUAGUUCCAUUCAUUUAAAGAAUCUGCAGCAGGAGCUUAAUAUGCUGCUUUCACGGCCAUUGCAACCAAAAACAUUUUCGCGGCGCUUUUUGGCAGGGGCUGGUGUUUCACCCCCCCUCCAACACCAAUUUGAAGAAUUAGCUAGGCAGGAACGUGGUGACUUUGGGAAUUCAGGAGAUAAAAGAAGAAAUUUGUUGGUUAUUGGUCAGGAUUGUGUAGAACCGCUGCAGGCACUCAGGAGUGCUGGCCAUGAGGUGAGCAUGAAUCUAAAAGGGAUUGCAGAAAAACGAAGAAAUACAGACAAUUUAAGGAGAAAGAGGAAAGAGGAGAAAAAUCGUUUUCGUGAUCAACGGAGAAAGCAGAAAAAAAUGUUGAAAGGGGGAAGCGAGUAGAAUGAAUCAAGAGAAUCAAACCAAAGUCACACGGGAAUAUGAAGCCAACAUCCUUACGUCGAAUAUUUUCGUGGACAGGUCACAAACUUAAAAGUCAUAAAUUUUGAUGGCAGAUAUUGGUUGCGUGUAUUAUUCUGUUUUCAUCAUAUAACAUACAAACUAGUUUUGCACAGAUGGAUCUAGCAUCAAAUUUUGAUUCAUUGUUUUUGACUUUUCCAUAUAAAGGCAUGACCAUGACUAUAGCCCUCAUCAACUAUACUUCAACUUGUCAAUGAUUUUCAUCACAAUGUAUGAUAUAUAUUUUCCUUCUGCCAACUGUCAUUAAACAAAAAAACACAAAUGUGAGGGUGGUCAUUGUCAAGUUCAUAGUGAA